GCGGGACUUGUCCCAGCCGGAGUCGGCGGCGGCGGCUGCGGGAACUUUCCCGGCGGGUCUAAUGGCUGCGCGCGGGCCGCUGUGAGGCGCGGCGGCGAGCGGGCGCGGGGCCGCGGAGCAACGAAGAGCCAGCGACCGCAAGGCUGGAGUCCCGGCCAGGCCCGGUCCGACCCGCCAAGCCCGCGAUGCGCCCCAGUGCUGUCCCCCGGCGCAGCUGACGCCCCGCGGCCCCGCGAGACCCCAGCCCUACCGGCCCCGCAGGAAGCGGCCGCCGCCACCCAGUCCAGAGCCCGCUCCGCCCGGGCACCAUGGCGGGGAAGGCGGCCGCCCCCGGCACCGCGGUCCUGCUGGUCACGGCCAACGUGGGCUCGCUCUUCGACGACCCAGAAAACCUGCAGAAGAACUGGCUUCGGGAAUUUUAUCAGGUCCUGCACACACACAAGCCUCACUUCAUGGCCUUGCACUGCCAAGAAUUCGGAGGGAAAAACUACGAGGCCUCCAUGUCUCAUGUGGACAAAUUUGUCAAGGAACUACUGUCCAGUGAUGCAAUGAAAGAAUACAACAGGGCUCGUGUCUACCUGGAUGAAAACUACAAGUCCCAGGAGCACUUCACGGCACUAGGAAGCUUUUAUUUUCUUCAUGAAUCCUUAAAAAACAUCUACCAGUUUGACUUUAAAGCUAAGAAGUAUAAAAAAGUCACUGGCAAGGAGAUCUAUUCGGACACUUUGGAGAGCACACCCAUGCUGGAGAAGGAGAAGUUCCCACAGGACUACUUUCCCGAGUGCAAAUGGUCAAGAAAAGGCUUCAUCAGGACGCGGUGGUGCAUUGCUGACUGUGCCUUCGACUUGGUGAACAUCCAUCUUUUUCAUGAUGCAUCCAACUUAGUGGCCUGGGAGACAAGCCCCUCCGUGUACUCGGGUGUCAGGCACAAGGCUCUGGGCUAUGUGCUCGACAGAAUCAUCGACCAGCGAUUUGAAAAAGUUUCCUACUUUGUCUUCGGUGAUUUCAACUUCCGCCUGGAUUCCAAGUCUGUUGUAGAGACACUUUGCACAAAGGCCACAAUGCAGACAGUCCGGGCUGCUGAUACCAAUGAAGUUGUAAAGUUGAUAUUUCGGGAGUCAGACAAUGACCGUAAGGUCGUGCUCCAGUUGGAAAAGAAGCUCUUCGACUACUUCAACCAGGACGUCUUCCGGGACAACAAUGGCACUGCGCUCUUGGAAUUUGACAAGGAGUUGUCUGUCUUUAAGGACAGACUGUAUGAACUGGACAUCUCAUUCCCCCCCAGCUACCCAUACAGUGAGGAUUCCAGCCAGGGAGAACAGUACAUGAACACGAGAUGCCCCGCUUGGUGUGAUCGAAUCCUCAUGUCCUUGUCUGCCAAGGAGCUGGUUCUUAAGUCAGAGAGCGAGGAGAAGGUUGCCACCUACGACCACAUCGGGCCUAACGUCUGCAUGGGAGACCACAAGCCGGUGUUCCUGGCCUUCCGAAUCGCACCCGGGGCAGGUAAACCUCACGCCCAUGUACACAAGUGUUGUGUCGUGCAGUGACGUGGUGGGAAGAGGUGCCAGCGCCAUGAGAGGAUCCUCGAGAGACCUCCCUGUAGCAGUGUAUCGAACUCAUCCUCCUAACAGCUGCAUCGGAACCGCCCAAGCAUCACCUGCUAGAAGGCCGGCCCCACACUUCGCUUCAGCCUCCGGACCUCCGGAAAGCCUCACAUACCUCACUGUCGUGUCUGUCACGUGACAUUGUAGACAUAUUGGGUUUAAUCAAGCCACAGUCCUAUUGCCAAAACUCUAACAGACAGCAGAGCGCCUGUAUUUUAGACUUCACAGUUUUCCAUUUUUAACGAUUGUCUGUGGAGGAAGCUUCUCCAUUUAGAGCCCCAGGUGUCCAGCGUCCCUCUCUGCCAGGAGGAAUGUGCCGGGCACUAGCCCAGGCAGCAAGACUGCCCUGUGCUCAAGCCCGAGGCCCCGAGGUCUGACUCUCCUGCCAUGUUACGUGGCGUGAGAAUCACACUGCAGCUGCUUUCCAUUUUUAUAUAUAAAUACAUAUAAAUAUAUACUUUUUAAAAAUAAUUUAUAAAUCUUACCAAAACUUAUGCUGAAUAUACUUUCCAGUAUGAGUGCACGAGUGUCCUGAGCAGGCAGAACCGCAGUCUAGUUGAAUGGCGAGUCCAUCAGCAGUCAGCACCUGUUCCUGAGACAAGACCUAGCACGUGCCCAGGGCGAGGGGCCCUGUGGUAUGCCUGGACUAGCAGCUUGUCACUCUUCUGCCUUUUUCUGUGUAUAUUAAGAACUGAAUGUGAAGUUUAUAGCUAGCCUGGGUGUACCUUUUAAGAAUUUUGUAAACCGUUUUGUCUGUCUUUUGUUACCGUUUUAUGGUGCCAAGUAGCCUACAUUAAAACCAUAAUCUUGUGGGAGAAUUAGAAGUAGCCUCGUCCACUUCCCACAGAUUGCUUCUAGCAUGGGCUGUGUGUAAACCCGGCAGAAAAGCGACGGUGAUGCUGGGCACAGCCUGUUGCCGGACUCGCACCCAGCACUGAGAACCGCGGAAGGUGCCUGCGGAGCCUGCUGAGGAAACACAGCGUGCUUUUAUUGAUUUACUUCUGAACACUACAGUUCCUGGAUGGGGCGGAGGCGCGAGUUAACGUCGGUUUCCCUAGAAAUCACUCAAGGCCAGCCUGUGUCCUUGAUGCCAGGGUUGGGUCUGUGACUGCCAUGGUCGCUGCUUGCCAAUGUGCCAUGUCCGAAGCGGUUGUCCGUGGGUUCCAGCUGUGGGUCCUUCCUUCGAAGGCCUCUGGAAGUGACUGCUCGGUUCCUAAGCAAUAAAAUUGAUCAUGGUGAAAACA